AUGGCCGCCACUGCUGUAUCGCCCCAUCGGUCGCGGCGCAAACUUAGGAAAAGCUUGCCACUGGGUCUCGACGCCCGCCUCGCUGCGAGUCCUCCUCGCACCCGUGUCCGCCCGGCCUACCCGCUCGCUGCUCUCUUGUGGCCGGCACGCAACGUCGCUUCGCAAUGGGAAGUCCUGCCACCAAUCUUGAUGGUCAUCGGCCUCCUGCGAUGGGCCGCAAGCCUAUGGGGCUACUCAGGUUACGCAAACCCACCGCAUUUUGGAGACUAUGAGGCCCAGCGGCACUGGAUGGAAAUAACGAUACACCUUCCCACAUCGCAGUGGUACUUCUAUGAUCUAGAAUGGUGGGGUCUAGACUACCCGCUCUUGACGGCAUAUCACAGUCAUUUCUUGGGCCAGAUUGGAUCAAUCAUCAAUGCCGAAUGGUUUGCCCUUGAUACAUCCCGAGGCUUCGAUGAUCCGUCCCUCAAAAUAUUCAUGCGCUCUACUGUCAUCAUAUCAGAGUUUCUCGUCUAUAUACCAGCAACAAUCAUCUUCCUGCGACACUACACAAAGCUACACAGCGUUCAUUCCUGGAACGCUAACGUGGCUCUCACUGCCAUUCUGCUUCAACCAGGACUGAUUCUCAUUGAUCAUGUACACUUUCAAUACAACACCGUGAUGUUAGGCCUAGUCCUGGCAUGUAUGAGUAGCAUUCUAGCUCGAAGGCUGCUGUGGGGCAGUGUAUUCUUCGUUCUAUCUCUCGCAUUCAAGCAGAUGGCCCUCUACUACGCACCUGCAAUAUUUGCAUAUCUUUUAGGUGUCUGUAUUUUUCCACGGAUCAAUUAUACUCGAUUUCUAAGCAUCGCAAUAAUUACCAGUGCAACCUUUGCAAUCAUAUUCCUACCCUUUAUUCUUGGAAUAAUCUAUGACGUAUAUCGAGGAAUCGACCCUCACAGCGAAUGUUCAAGCACCUCCAUUCCUCAGUCGUUUGCUAAAUCAUCGUACCUUUUAGACUGGCAUGUUUGGUACAAUCCUAUCAUCUGCCAGGUCGCACAACUAUUUCACCGAAUCUUUCCCUUUGCUCGAGGUCUCUUUGAAGAUAAGGUCGCCAAUUUCUGGUGCGCACUGAACGUCCUAAUAAAACUUCGACACUUUCCUCCAAAGCUACUCCAACAGGCUUCAUUAGUUGCUACAACUAUGGCUAUUCUACCACCGUGCAUAGUGAUAUUCACAAGGCCUCGUAUGAUAGCUUUACCAUUAGCUCUUUCAACAACCGCCUGGGGCUUCUUUCUUUUUAGCUUCCAGGUCCAUGAAAAGAGCGUCUUGCUACCACUCAUGCCAAUGACAGUCCUACUGGCUAGUAGCCAUGGCCUCAAUAAGAAUGUGCGCGGCUGGGUCGGAUUUGCCAAUCUAUUGGCGGUAUGGACCAUGUUCCCCUUACUCCAGCGUAUUGAGGUCCGUAUACCUUACUAUGUCUUCUGUCUUCUCUGGGCUUACCUGCUUGGUCUCCCGCCUACUUCAUUAAAUUUGUACAGGCGAGAUCGUCGGCCGCUCACCUGGCUACGCUUGAUCACAGCUUCUGUGCACGGCUUCUUCUAUGUAGCUAUAGGCCUCUGGCACCUUCUCGAGGCUUUCGUCAAACCGCCAGCUGAUAAACCCGAUCUAUGGGUAAUUCUAAACGUUUGUCUUGGCGCUUUUGGAUUUGGUUUAUGUUAUUUAUGGUGUUUGGGGAGUUUGCUGGUUGAAUGUGGUAUAUUUGUCGGGAAAUCUCGGGUCGGAAAGGCCGAAGAGAAAAAAGAAUGA